AUGUUUAAAACAGGAACUGAGCAAAACAAAGAAUUCCUACCGCGAAGGCCUUGGACUAUUGAUGAGGAGAUAAGACUAUUUAGCUUAGUAUGUGAUUAUAAGCCUGCUGGCCCUAAAAAACAAGAAAAUAUGGCUAUCAUCAUAAGCAAGAUCAACGAAGACAUACAACUACAGGAAACACCACUAACAGAAUCAGAUGUAUGGAAAAAAUUGCAACAAUUAUACAACCUUCCGAGAAUUGACCUUCUUGAGGGUCUCAAUAGUGACGAAGUUGCAAACAACGAUAGCUUGGAAAACAUUAGCGACAAUACAACCGUUAGAGAAGAAAUAAUUCAAACCAAAUUGAAUCGAACAAGGCAAUCUGCUAAGGGCAAGGAUGAAAAUGAUGACGAAGAGAACGACGAAGAGAACGACGAAGAGAACGACGAAGAUGAGACAAAUGAAAUUGAAGGCGAUGAUGUGGAACCUGAGAAGAAUAUCAAGACCGAAAGCGCUACUAAAGGCAGAAGAGCUAAAGGUGGUCAUGAGAGCUCAACAAGAAGACGAUUGAGAAAUUCAGUUGACAAUGAUUCAGUAGUGGGCGACGAUAAUCAAACGUUUAGUAAGGUGCGAGAUAGUAUCAAAGACGAAAGUGAAGAAACCCAAUUAGGUGCCGUACCAAGUAAGAACGUGGAUACGAAUGUCAAAGCUGAAGUAUCAAAACAGAAAUCGAGAGAAGAAGAUGAAGUUGUGGAGGAGGAGGGUUCAGAUACAGCGCCCGCAAGACGAACCCGGGGCCGCAGGCACAUUGCCGAUCACGAUGUUGUUUCAACAGAGCCUCCUCGCAAAAAGCUAAGAUCGGUUGUGAAGGAUGAGGAUUCUCUGGAUGAAGCUAGAAUUGAACUGCCUACGAAGAAAGGUAAACCAGCAACAUCUGUUUCUGCGCAGCCACCUUUGGCGCGAAGGAGAACUCGAUCUGAGGCGCACAUUGAACACACGGAAGAAGCAGAUCCAAGUGCUAAACGUGAGACAAAGCGCAGGGUGACCAAGGCGGCUGAUCUGGAGGACGAAUCCGAAGAAGACCUACAUGAUAAGAAGAAGCUGGUGAAACUGGAGAAGAAGAGCGAUAAAACUCAUAGGGAUGCAAUUGAACUCACAAAAUCGACAGUUAGAAGGUCAAGUCGAGGAGCCAAUACUUCUCAGAUACCAAGCAGACUGACACCUCCUGUAAGACGUAGUACGAGAAAGAAGUGA